GAAGCUCCAGUCUUCCAGGAUGGAGGAGUGACCCGGGAGCCCUUGAUUGGUCCUGCCGCGGAGGGAAGGGCUGCCCUGUUUGGAGGGCGGUAGAGAGGCCCCCUCCCCCCAGCAGCGCCUAUAUAGCUGAGUGGUGGCCUGGAGAAAGUGUUCCGGAGCAGUGCCGGUCUCCAGGCUCCAGAGGUCACAGUAGCAGAGAACUGAGAUUCUCACACCAUGACGAACCGCCUGGGCACAUGGGGACUGGCCAUCUUCUGCAUGCUGCUUGUCAGCCACUUCUCCACAGUCAAGGCGAGGGGCAUAAAGCACAGGUUCAAGUGGAACCGGAAGGCUCUGCCCAGCAGCGGCCAGAUCACCGAAGCCCGCGUGGCUGAGAACCGCCCGGGAGCCUUCAUCAAGCAAGGGCGAAAGUUGGACAUCGACUUCGGAGCAGAGGGCAACAGGUACUACGCGGCCAACUACUGGCAGUUCCCAGAUGGGAUCUACUAUGAAGGCUGCUCUGACGCCAACGUGACCAAGGAGAUGCUGGUGACCAGCUGCAUCAACGCCACCCAGGCGGCCAACCAGGCUGAGUUCUCCCGGGAGAAGCAGGAUAGUAAGCUCCACCAGCGAAUCCUCUGGCGGCUGAUCAAAGAGAUCUGCUCCACCAAGCGCUGCGAUUUCUGGCUGGAGAGGGGAGCGGCACUGCGGGUCACUGUGGACCAGCCAGCAAUGGUCUGCCUGCUGGGUUUCAUUUGGUUCUUUGUAAAAUAAACAGCAACGAGGCUGGCAGCCACAGAGAUGGGAAUCUAUGUAGCCCAAGUUGGCGUCAAACUCAGGAUCUUCUGGCCUCUGCCUCCUGAAUGCUGGGAUUACAGACAUGCAACCAAGCCCAGAUUCUUGUUUACCUCUGAUGUCCCCUGGUCCUGUGUGUGUGUUCUUGGGUAUCCUGUGAGCAUCUUCAAACAUGCUUGCUUUGUACAGAGCUCUCUGCAAUAUAUAUAUGACUAUUAUUUAAAUUUUUAAAAAAUCUAACCUUUGAAGAUCCUUCCACAGGCCCUCCUCCCCUUUUGGGGGCCUCCAGGAGUUGCUGAGGGUAUAUUCUCUUUUGCAAGGAGCAUCUGUGGGGGCUUAGUGGGAACGUUAUUGUCAAAGGAUUCAUCUGCAGCAUUUCGGGACAUGAGAGCUGAUAAUAGUACCUCAUGUGCUGAGUUCCCACUGCUUCAGUUCUUCUCAAGGACAUCUCUGGGAGGCUUCACAUGGUAAAGGGCCUUGAGGCGGGCAGCCCAAGGACACACAGCCUACCACGGGACCUUUCGACACUGGUCAGACAGCGCAGAGAAACCAGCCUGCUGCUGCACUCUGGCGCCAACCCCAGACUCCUCGACUCCCGACGUCUGCUACUCCUAAACCAGAGAACAAGGAGAAGCCCCGGACCACAGUCUCUUCUUUGCAUGCCAUUUUAAAUAGCAGGUAGUAAAGAAAGAUGGUUCUUAGAUGGUGACGUUGGUGUUUCAGCUCCCUGCUCAAGGCUUAAUUACUAGGGUGGGCGCACAAAGCUGUUGGUUACCAACUUCAUUCUGAUGUGAAAAUGCUCAGACUGGACAUAGUCCAUGCACCAUGAUUACUGUGUUCUCUCAUACCACUGCUUGUCCCACCCAGUGAACCUAACUGUGACAGCAAAUGAAUGUUCAUGUGGGAUUUGGCUGCAAAGUUUGCCUGUUAAAUUUUUAGCUGAGACGUCCUUGCUCUUACAGAUCAGAAUGAGGAUAUUCGAGUCUGGCUUUGACUUGGCCAAGAGUUUACUGGCUGACCAUUAAGAACAGGGCCCCAAAUGGCACUUCUAGAUUAUUCUAGUAGUGACUUGAUAACAUGAACAAUUUCACCAGCCAUUGCUUUCUUAUCCCUUCGGAGCGUUACCAAGUUAGCAUGUGUGUGUGUGUCGUGUUGGUGCUUAGGCAAGCUGGAGCAGAGUGAAAAGUGGCCACACUUUCACAUCCAAUUAUGUCAACGCCUUCCCAUUUCUCCUGACUCCCCUCUCAUUCACUCACUUGCAAAUGCAAACGUAGAAAUUUGCAAUCCUAAUACAGAGCGCUGGAUACCUUAAAACUUUACUUAACUUCAUUUAAUGCUUUCUGUCCAUUUUUUAAUGACUUUUGUUUUCUUGUUUCUCCAGCCCCAUCUCCCUCCUUCUACCCUGGUUUGAGACCUGCACCCCUUUACUGUAUGUAUUUAAAUAUAAAGACAAGGAUUUUUAUUUUGCUCCAUUACAAUCUUUAAAACGCUGUGAUCGAGUGUAUAAUACUUGUUUCUCUGAAGUUUGCCUUCCUGACUUAAUAGAAUGCCAUUAAACUCUCUGGAUCACUAUCUAACUAGUUAACAUGUCCUUCUAGAUGACUGCGAAAUAUUCCACAGCACAGAUGUGCUGGGACUGACAUAAUAAUUUCCUUCUUGAUAGACCUCCAGAUUGUUCUUAUCUGGCAAACAAUAAACUCCCUUAU